GUGCGUCAAUAAAUUUUUGGUAGAUCGUGCAGAGGUGGGUAAUCCGGAAAAAGAACGAAAAUGGUCAAUUACAGCCUAUACAAUGGUAGAAGAAAGCCUUGGUUUAACUAGACUAUUGUCAUCAAUUGGAUUUGCCAAGAUCGUAACAGCAAUAUGUCCACGAAGCAUCAAAAUCCUAUUAAGAGAGGACCAUGGAUUUGAAUGAGAUCUCAAUGCCUGUGAAAACUGUGACCAACCUAGUCAAAACUAAAAUUGGCACAAUAGAACAGUUGACUAGAUCUCAGCCGUUCGGCAAUCAUGUUUCAUAGAAAGAUCUGAUUCUGGGUGUCUUUGGAAACAUCAUUCUUGCCAGUCAUGGGGCAGGUCCAAUCUUCCCAAGAAGAAGAGGGGAUAGAAGAAGAAGAGGAAGAAGAAGAAGAGGCAGCAGUAAGAGCGGAGGAGGAAGAGGUGGAAAAGAGUAAAGGGGAAGAGGAGAAAAAGAAGGUAUUAGAACAGGAGCCAGAGGUCCUGCCAUGUCACCCCUCAGCAUCCCCCCUGUCACCCCAGCUAUCAUUCAGUGGGAGUCCUUAUAUGGGUCCUUCUGUAAGGGUGUGGGAUCCUUACAACAUUCUCACCUCUGCUGCUGCCUUGCCAUCUCCUACACUUUCCUCCGCGAGCUCUGCAGCUUCCUUGGAGAAUCAUCAGCAUUCCAGGUGGGUGUCAAUGGAGGACGAUGUCAUGACAGAGGUGUAUUUGAUAAGGCAUGCAGAGAGCACUAUGAAUGAGAGGGCAGAGCUGAUUGGGGGCAGAUCUCCUUCUGCAACAUUGACUGCAAAUGGGAAAAGGCAGGCCCGGGCUCUAGGGGUGUUUCUCAAGACUCAAGGGAUCACUUUCACUUCAGUUUAUUCUUCGCCUCUUGAAAGGGCCAAGCAAACAGCAUUAGCCAUUUGCCAGGAACUGAAUAUUUCAGAAGAGAAGGUGGAGUGCUCAGAAUCACUGGUGGAGAUGAGCCAAGGUCAAUGGGAAGGUCGCCUUCGUUCGGAGAUAUACACUCCUGAUAUGCUUAAUAUCAUUGACAAAUACCAGCCUGACUUUUGUGCACCAGGUGGAGAGUCCCAGCGUCAAGUUGAGUACCGAAUGGUUGAAUUUUUAAACUGUAGAGUUUUGAGGAGGGCAGAAUACGCAACCCUAAGGAACUCUGGACAGUACCACAGGCAGUUUAAAAGUUCUGCAAGUCAAAACUCAGUGCAGGUUCAUCCCAUCGAAGAUGGAGAUGAUACUGGUGUAUCACAGUGGGAAUUAUUUAAUAGACAAAAGCACCUAGGAAGAAGAAAGUCUGGUAAAAGCAGGCUGCAAUAUGUGACAACAGGAGACAAUGAGAGUGCAAUUGACUCUUCCAGAGAAGGCAGCAGUUGGAGGCAGUUACAAGAACAAUGUAAGCAGCCAAAUCCGUGUGUAGCCAUCUUUACACAUGGCAUGGCUAUUAAGUGCCUUUUAAGGGGACUGCUUGGCUCUAAUCCAUUGAUGACACAUCGGCUUUGUAUAGACAACACAUCUAUUACUGUCCUCUGGCAUUCCUUUAAAACAGGAUGGCAGAUUCAGAGGGUUAAUGAUACUUCUCAUUUAAGACUUCUAUGAGUUGCAGCUCUUUCAAAAUGGCAAAUUCCUGUAUCUUGAUUUCAGUCACAUUCAGGCGCUUGGUCACUGGUAGAUUUCACGUAUAACGCAUAUUCUCCAGGAAGUUAUAUCAUGAUGUUUCCUCAAAUUAUACUAUUUCUUCAUGAAAAUCAAGAGACUGGACCUGGACUCCGGAAGGAUUGGGGUUUACUUUAGCUGAAGUGUUGAAUUAUUCAGUACACUUCCUUAAGGAUGAGAAUAGCAAUUGCAGGGCUUGAAAUUCGCCUUCAUACUUUAAUUCGAGCUACGGAAAUGAGUUUCUAUUUAAACUAUGGAAUGCAUUGCGAUUUAAACUAUACGGCAAUGUAUUCCAAUUUAACCUGCAGAUUCUUGAUAUUUCUCUUACCUCUUUUUCUGUUUUUGACCUGCCUUGAAGUUAGGGGGUGCAUAUUUAUAGUAUUUCUAAUUACGUUUGCGAUGUAGUCUUCAUUUUUUAAGAUAUCGGGCAUUUGAGUCU